GAGCGGCAAGGAUGUUGAGACGAGGAGCGGAGGUAGCCUGGCCGGAAUGGUAGUCUCCUUUCUACCUAGAAUCGCAACCGCAUGAUCUUAUGUACUGUGUGCCGCUGACAAUGAGCCGCGGCGGUGACUGUGAUAAGUGAUCGCGUACCCUUCCUCGUCGCUAAACGCGUAGUGGCAGUGGAGAAAGAUAGUACGUCGGCCAAGGGAAGAGUCUGACUCUUGAUGACUCGCGCUUUACACAGGGCGCAACGUAGCCGGAGCUCACAAUUAUGUUCGAUGUACCGCCCAAGUUCUACGAGCUGUGUCGCCUUUGUUUAUCGUCGGACGGUGUCAAAUUGUCCAUAUUCGAGGAGGAGGGCGCCCAGCGAAACUUCGCCGACAAGAUACUAACGUGCCUCUCGAUCACGGUGAAAGAUGGAGAUUCUUUGCCACCAAUCAUUUGUCACCGAUGUGUGUACAAGUUGGAUGUACUGCACAACUUCCGUGAGGUGUCACACAAAUCUGAUGUCAUACUCAAACAGUACCUGGAUUAUGCCAAGCAGUUAUCAUCGCACGAUGAUCAGAAGUCUUUCUCCACUGCCAAAGUAGCAGGCUUAAGCCCUCUACAGUCAUUUCUCCAGUUGAACAAGACAUUGUUCAACGAGGAGCCUAACUCUCCGGCCAGCAUUAAUCAAAACGUUAUACCUCAAACACAAACGCAUCAUUUGGAGUUGCGUACCAAUGAUAUGCCAGAGCAUGAUAACAUUAAGUGUGAACCAGAGGAUGACACGUGUUCGAACAGUUCCGAUCCAGACAGAUUAGAGAUAGAAGAUCGGGAUGAGCAAGAUUCAGAGGGGGAAGAAAAUGGUUACGACAUGACCAUUAACAAAAGAAUGAAAGUGGAAACAAGUUACGAAGAAUCGAAACCAAGUACCCCCAAUCAUAGUCCAGUGAAUAGAAUGGACACACCAGAAAGUAAUUGUUCAGAUACUAAUAUUGACCAAGAAACAACAAAACUGUGGCAAGCGUUAGCAAACAGCAAUAGGAGUUUAGAAAUAACCAGAACAAACGGUGACAAACUGAACAAUGGAUUCACUGGCGAGGCGACUAAUCUUCUACGUUCUUUAAUCAAUAACAGACAAAUUGGUAUUACUCCUGUCGAUUCGGACAGAGUAUCGCCGCAAAUUAGGUUUUACAGAGACACUCAAGGGACAACAAUUGAACGUACGGUACCUGACUGUUCUGUACUCGGCAAUCGUACCAAUGUUCCGUGUAUAGAAAAUAAGGGUACUUCCAUGGAUAGUAAUCCAUCCAGUCCAGCCAGUAUCGGUCGAAAGGAGACUAAGGGCCGUCGGAAACAAAGUUACCCUAGUAAAGCCCCGAUGAGUCCAGAUAUCGUUAAUUACAAACAGGAACCUAACGAAGAACAAGCACAAGAUUUUACCGCGUGGUCAAAUAAAAUGAACGUGAAGGUGGAGGAUCAGAAACAACAAUUCGAUCAGCACAGCGGCAACAUGACUAAAAAGGUAGACAUGUCCUGCACAAAUUGCGGCACCAUGACCACGACCAUUUGGAGAAGAAACAUGAAAGGGGAAAUGGUUUGUAACGCCUGUGGGCUUUAUUAUAAGCUCCAUGGGGUGAACCGUCCGGUGACUAUGCGAAGGGACACGAUACAUACGCGUAGACGUAGACCCAAGGGUGAAAAACCGACAAGACAUAGAAAAAAAGGGGAUACAAGUUUGCCACCGCAAUCGGAACAAAUGGAUGCAGAAAGUGCAGAUAUGUUGGCGGCCUUACGGAGACAAAUUCAGCCCCAUUUAAUGAUGGCCGCCGCGUUAACGCCACCACGUAUACCUGGUGCCCAUCCGCCAUCCUGUGCCGCUCAACUUAAUUACUCCCUUCCCUUGCCUAGUUACAUGAUGCAUCACGUGAAAGCAGAGGGUCAAGAACAAUGUCAUUUAUCUGGGGAAGCAGAAGAAAUAGAAGAUGGAGAUGAAGAAAAUGUCUCGGAUGUACCGUUGAACCUCGUUGCAACGUCGUUAUCUGAAGAGACACACUGAAACACACUUUGGCCAGCUUCAAAAUGACUUCGCUAGAAUAUUACGAUGAAGAAGCGUGGGUGAAACUGAGGAUCGAAGACAGUCUCGAAUCGACACGUGGAUGCCUCGUAGCCACGCCUUUUUGAUGACUGAUGUCUAGUGUUUUUUUCUUUCUUGAACCACGAGGCAUCUCGACGAGAAUAUUACGAACGGCGCUCACGAACAAAUGUAUACGAAAGCCUCCAGAAGAAAAUGUGAGAAAAAAAAAAACGAUGCAUAAUUGUAUACGACAGAGAGGAAGGGGUUUUCGGGUGACAAUGAAAAAAAAAAAGGAGGGUCGUUGACACAUCACAACCCUGCUCGGUGUUUGAGUAGGGGUCAAUCGGGGCUGCGCUGAGAUCACCGACGUUUUCUCGUUCAUAUGUAUAUUCGUUUCAUUGACAGCGCGACGUUGAAUGGUGUUCAUUGAUAUGCAUCCUCGUUGACGUAUGUGUCUGGCCGAUGCAUCAUCAGCGAUACAUUUAUUCAUCUAUUGGCGUGCUCCACUGACCUACGCCACGUUUCAUCUCGAGAAAAACAGUGUGUACACGAUAAAUGUACUAGCGAGCGAUCGAUUAUUUCUCUGGGGAAAUUGAAUAUUCACUUGUACAGAAAUUUAACGCUUAUACCUAGUUAAUAAUGUUCGCCGUAAUC